AGUGGCUAAAUGGCUUUACAUUUGUCACUCAAGAGAGUGCAGCACCCUCACCUGUCAACAUUGUUGUGAUAGGUGUUAGAAUUCACAUGUCACAUUGAUCGUGAUAAUAAGAAGAAUACAUACUAUAGUGGGUUGGACAGCAGCCAUUUGUAUUAUGAGCCACUCAGUGAUUUGAGUUGUCACUUUGGCGCUCCCGCCAACGAGAAAAAGUAACAAAAGUCGGAGGGAAACACAGUAGCCUAGCCCUUGUCACUCUGCUGCCUGCCUGCCUGCCUGGGGGCGGGUGGGUGGGGGCGGGCUUAGGGCUGACUGUCUGUCUGUGUGUCCCUCCCUCACUCCAAUUGGAUAAGGCCACACCGGUCCGGUGGCCAAUCGAUGCCUCUUGUGGCGAGGUAUAAGUAAGGCUCUCGAGGUGGCCAGCGGUUCAUUCAGACUUUCUGUCACAUACUGAAGCUACCAAUAUGAGCGGAAGAGGCAAAACCGGAGGCAAGGCCAGGGCGAAGGCAAAGACACGUUCAUCCCGUGCCGGGCUCCAGUUCCCCGUGGGCCGUGUGCACAGGCUGCUGCGCAAAGGCAACUACGCCGAGCGUGUGGGCGCUGGCGCACCAGUCUACCUGGCCGCAGUGCUCGAGUACCUGACUGCUGAGAUCCUGGAGUUGGCCGGAAACGCUGCCCGUGACAACAAGAAGACUCGUAUCAUCCCCCGUCACCUGCAGCUGGCAGUCCGUAACGACGAGGAGCUGAACAAACUGCUUGGCGGCGUGACCAUCGCUCAGGGUGGUGUUCUGCCCAACAUCCAGGCAGUGCUGCUCCCCAAGAAGACUGAGAAGGCCGUCAAAGCCAAGUAAAAUCGCUGGUUCGGCUGCAACUUGACUACUCAACCCCCAAAGGCUCUUUUAAGAGCCAACCACCUAGCUCAGCAAAAGCGCA